CCAAAACUCUUCAUGAUUUUCCUGAGAAAAUACCAAUAUAUCUAAAUAUAAUGACUCCGCGUCUACCCCUUUACUUUGCCUAGACUUCAUUUCAACACUGUGCUCAAGCGCUAAUAUGGUCCAUGGAAGAGGGAGCCCCGCUACUUACGCAAGUCGUGACGAUGGAAUAACGGCCAAAGUUAUCAAUGCCAUGAACGCGAUAUAGUGGCGGAUCCCUGAGGAUAUUUGUUUAAAUUGAUGGGGAUAUCAUGUCUCAAUCGCUUGAUGGCCGCGCUCUUUCCACAACGCCUUUGCUGCAUUCGUUUAUUAGGCAUCUUGCUCACUCUCUAGUAGGACGCCCAUCAUGCGUCUCGAUUCGCUCUUUACUACGGCGACUGUCGUAGCAGCGACGAAUGCUGUCACGCUUCCCACGAUCAAUACGACCCAGGGUUCCCUUCGUGGUUCCAUCUCCAACUUUCGCUCAGGCGCUACGGUAUACAAAGGUAUUCCUUAUGCCGCUCCUCCGGUGGGGAACCUCCGUUGGAGAGAGCCUCAGCCACCAUCUCCCUGGAAUGGCACUUUCAACGCGACCGAAUUCGGGCCUCAAUGCGCGCAGCCAUAUAGCUCAGCUGGUAUCUUUUCGUCAGGAAAGACAUCGACAAGUGAGGACUGUUUGACAUUGAACAUCUGGACGCCGACUUACGACGAUGUAUCGGACAUCACCUCGAAGAACCUUCCGGUGUAUGUUUGGAUAUUCGGAGGAAGAUUUGAAGGUGGAUCCGGCGACGUGAAGACCUACGAUGGAUCUGGACUUGCAGUCAAAGACAUUAUUGUUGUAACCUUGAACUAUCGUCUCGGCGCCUUUGGCUACCUGGCUCACCCUGAAUUGUCCGCGGAAUCCGGUCACAACAGUUCCGGCAACUACGGCCUUCUGGACCAGCAGAUGGCCCUGCGAUGGGUGCAAGAGAACAUCAAGAACUUUGGCGGCAAUUCUAGCCAGGUCGUUGUUGGUGGUCAGUCUGCUGGCUCUGCGAGUGCCCUGGACGUUAUGUACAGCAGUCUGACUAAGGGUCUUGUACACGGUGUUAUUGCUGAGUCGGGUGCUCGUGCUCCAAAGGAUCCUAUGACUGGCGGUCUGGCAACUUCGCAUCGCAACAUGUCCGCUGCCCUGGCUCAGGGCGAGGACUUCGUCAAAAACAGCCUCAAUGUGUCUUCUAUCGCCGAGGCGCGCAAGAUCUCUUACGAGACUCUCAUCAACUAUGGCCAGGAGAUGGAUACUACCUUCGACGGCACAGUUUACCAGAAUCUGUCUUCUGCUUUUAUGAAUCCUCCUUUGUGGCGGCCAGUCAUUGAUGGAUACGUGCUUCCAUACACAUACGGCGAAUCCCUGCGUCUGGGUGCGCAUCUCGACGUCCCGAUCAUGACGGGCAAUAACAAGGACGAAUCUGGUGCGGCGCCAGACACAUCAACCACGGUAGCCGACUACAUCACCGACUUCGGAAUCAUGUUCCAGAAUCGCUCGUCCGAAUUCUUCAAGCUUUGGCCGGCCGGCAAUAGCUCCAGUAUCGCUUCUGCUCAGAUGAAUUCCUUUUUCCGGGAUCUCUCGCGUGUCUCCACCUGGAUCUGGGGAAACGAAUGGGCCGCUGGAGGUGCCAAGUCAAAUGUAUAUGUGUACUACUGGACUCAUGCCCCUGCUGAGAAUGAGGGCGAAGGUGCCUAUCACGGUUCCGAGUUAUGGUACACCUUCAACAAUAUCCCCUACGCGGACUAUUCAAACGUCACCUGGGCUACGGAGGACUACGAAAUUGAGAAAAAGAUGGCACAGUACUGGGUUAACUUCAUCAGCACGGGCAACCCCAAUGGCGACGGGUCCAGUGACUUGACUUACUUCCCGCCCUCGACUAGCGAUAAGAAACAGGUUAUGUGGCUGGGUAACUCGUGGGGAGCGAGUUAUCUCACGGAAGGGGAAAACCGACUGCAGUUCAUUGUGGAUUGGCUCUCAGGUCUGUAUGAGUGGUGAUUUUCAUGCACUUGAGAUUACCCCGAUCUGACGCGGUUCACGGAGGGGGGCUGAAGGGCUGCCCCUUCCAGAAAACGGUGUGGAUAAACGUGUAUAAUAUCUGCCUGGUUGUAUAUACUGGUAAUUAAUCAGGACUCAGGUACUGAGAUCUGAAAAGCUAAGGAGAUAUGUUGCGUGGGUCUUUCAAUAGACAGCUCCCUAGCUCAACCUAACGAUUAAGGGAUGCCAUUCCGAUACAUACACAUAUACAUACACAUACGCACACUGUUUAUAUCUUUGUUUUCUCCUGUCUCCCGAAAUUGACAUCAAGAACUUUUCUAACCAGACAAAAUGAAUUUUGCAACUUCAG